AUGGACUCCUCCUCGUUCGAUCAGGCCGAUCUCGACCGGCUCAGCGCCAAGGACAAGCAGGAGCUACGACAGUUCAUCAACAACGAGCAGCAGAAGGCUCAGAUUCAGCAGCGGUCCCACGACCUGACGGAGAUGUGCUUCAAGAAAUGUGUCACGGGAUCGAUCAGGAGCAAUGCGCUGGAGGGGGGCGAGCAGGCGUGUCUGGCGAACUGUGUGGACCGGUUCAUGGAUGCAAGCGUGCUGGCUGUCAAGCACCUGCAGGGUAUGCGCCAGGGCUAG